AAUAUCACGUGACGUAGCAGUCAGCUGACCCACGUGGAAGCGAUGAUGUUUCUAGUGCCGUGUAAUUUUUUUAGACCAUAAUCAGAUAUUUAGCAAACGAAUCUUACGCUCAAGCUUUUAAAACUGCAACGUUGAUUACUGCCCGGUGUAAACGACUUGAAGGCUGCAUUCCCCAAUGGUCUGAUCAAACGAGGAAGAAGCAACUCACAAGAAAUCGUGAUGUCGUCCACCUCCUCUGUGGUUCUAAACACCGGGGUUUCGAUGCCCCUGGUUGGCUUCGGGACCUACAAGUUGUGUGGAAGCGAGGAGGUCUACAUAGCCGUCGACGCUGCUCUGCAAGCCGGGUACCGGGCCUUCGACACGGCGGCUGUUUACCGCAACGAGGCGGACCUCGGUCGAGCUCUACGUGAUCUCCUGCCAAAGCACGGGUUGACCAGAGAGGACAUCUUCAUCACUAGCAAGCUAGGACCCAAGGACCAGGGAGAGAGGGCCAUGGAGGCAGCCCUCUACAGUGUGUCGGAGCUGGGCAUGGACUACAUCGACCUCUACCUGAUCCACUGGCCCGGGACCCAGGGUGUGGCCGUGGGCGACCCCUGUAACCAAGGUAACCGCGCUGGGAGCUGGGUGGCGCUGGAGGAGCUGCACGCGCAGGGCAAGCUGCGGGCCAUCGGGGUGUCCAACUACACGCCGGCGCACAUGAAGACGCUGCUGCAGAGCUGCAGGACCCCCCCGGCCCUGCUGCAGGUCGAGUUCCAUCCCCGUCUGUGUCAGACGGAGCUGAGGCGGGUGUGUGAGGAGCAGGGUGUGUGUUUCCAGGCCUACUCCUCCUUGGGGAAAGGAGAGCUGGUCAAACACCCCGUCGUUAUGGAGGUGGCAAAGGGCUGCGAGCGCACACCUGCACAGGUGUUGCUACGAUGGGCCGUGCAGCAGGGGGUCCCGGUGCUGCCCAAGUCUUCCAACCCUACCAGGAUCCAGGAGAACAUGGAGCUGUUUGACUUCUCGCUGGACGCGGGCACCGUGGAGCGUCUGACGGCUCUGGACGACAAACACAAGUACUGCUGGGAUCCCUCGGAGGUGGCGUGACUCACGUCGCCACGGAGACCAAGAAGGGUCAGGUGUUACCUACGUAAACAGAUCAGAACAGACACCAGAGCUCUGCGGCCUCAGUUUGAGGAAGACGGCGGAGACGGACAGGUCCGAUAGCGUGGCGUCGGAUAACAAUUACUGCAACGUGGCAUGUGGUGAUGUCACACGCAGGAGUGUCUCAGGGUCAAUGUAGAUGUAAUAUGAAUAAACAGUAUGGUGGUGUUGUUUA